AUGCCUACCGCCAAAUUCAACAGUAAAUCGCCCACCAUCAGGCGUAUUCUCCGCGAAGCCCAAGAGCUCUCCUCCGCCCCCUCCCCAGACUACACCGCGACGCCCCUCGAGACAGACCUCUUCGAGUGGCACUUCACCCUCCGCGGGCCCCCCGGCUCCCCUUAUGCCGAGGGGCUCUACCACGGCCGCAUCGCCCUGCCCCCAACCUACCCGCUGCGCCCGCCCUCCUUCCGCUUCCUGACCCCUUCGGGCCGCUUCGAGGCCAACCGCGAGAUCUGUCUCUCCAUCAGCGGCCACCACGAGGAAACAUGGCAGCCCGCCUGGGGCGUGCGCACCGCCCUCGUCGCCCUGCGCUCCUUCAUGGAGACCGAUCCCAAGGGCCAGCUCGGCGGCCUCGACACCUCCGAUGCCGUGCGCCGCCGCCUGGCUGCCGAGAGCCGAGCAUGGCGCUGUACCGGCUGCGGCGCGCGCACCAACGAGGAGAUUAUUCGCGAGUGUGAGGAGGCUGCCGCCGCUGCGGAAUCUGCCGAGGGAGCCGCCGGUGGGGCCAGUAGCAGCAGCGGUGGUGGACGCAAGGAAGUCGAGGUCCCAGCGGAGCUUAAGAUGGGCUUCCGGGACGAAAUGGAGAAGAAGGCUGCUGCUGCUGCUGCUGCUGCUGCUGCUACCGGCGCCAGCGCCAGUGGAUCGGGCGAGGAUUCUGAGAGCGCAGAGCUGGCAGAAGGGUUCGUGCAGACUGCACCGCGGGCGGGUGUCGACGUGUCGGCGGGAGCCGCGCGGCCAGGCCAGACGGUCCCACAGCCGACCAGAACCGUGCCGUUACCCGACGCGGCGCGUAACACGGGCCUGCAGCAGCAAAGGCAGGCGUUACACGACGAUGCCCAGCUGUGGAUGACGGACAGGGUGAUUGCAGCACUAGCUAUUUGUCUGGUGGCUAUGCUGCUGAAGGUGAUACUGAAAUGGGUGUGGGCCGAGUGACGCAACAGCACAAGGCAGGAAAGCAAGCCGAGUCUACCGGCGACAGGGAGCAUAUCAGCAGAGGUGCACUGGUAUUGUUUUUCUCUUCUUUCGAACUUGGGCGUUCACAAGGAAAGGGAGGCGUUGUAACAAGGCUCACGGCGUUUUCUUCUUGCGGACUGGAUUUUCACAGCAGGCACAGCAGGAUACAAAGACUGAAAUUAAGACAACAGUAGUUUGGUUGGCAGUCACUUGAACAAUUGACAAGCUUCCCCACCA